GUUUUUUUUCCCCCCAGAUAUAGAGGGACAAGAGUGGAUAUUGAACUGCUGGAAAAUGACACUGGAGAGGUAGUAAUGGGGAACAAAGAUGAACUAAUUAAGUAUUUUGCACUGGUCUUCACCGUGAAAGACACCAGCAACAUGCCAGAAAUUCGAGACAGUCAAGGGCAGAAGUGAGUGUGGUUGCUAUUCCUAAGGAGAAGGUCUGAAAGUGGAUCUCCUGUACAAAUAAGUGGCACCCAUUCUCAGAGGUGAUUGGUUUCCUGCUUCUACUGGUGUUAUAUACCUGAGCUACUUGGAGGUUUUGCCCUAAACCAUGGGUGCAGCAGUGGAAGAUGAUAAAACUGCUGAAGUGGAAGCCCCUGAUGGAGGCUGGGGUUGGGCAAUUCUCAUUGGAUGUUUCGUCAUCACUGGAUUCUCUUAUGCUUUUCCAAAAGCUGUUAGUGUUUUCUUCAAGGAAUUAAUCAAGGAGUUCCAUGUUGGGUACAGUGAUACUGCUUGGAUCUCUUCCAUUAUUCUUGCCAUGUUGUAUGGAACAGGACCUAUAUCCAGUGUUCUUGUAAAUCGCUUUGGUUGUCGUCCUGUUAUGAUGGCAGGAGGCUUUUUUGCAUCAGCGGGUAUGAUACUGGCAUCGCUGUGCACCAGCAUUAUUCAAAUCUACUUAACAGUUGGAGUCAUCACUGGUCUGGGUCUAGCCUUGAACUUUCAACCAUCUCUCAUUAUGAUAAACCGCUACUUUGACAAGCGGCGACCAUUAGCAAAUGGCUUAACUGCAGCUGGGAGUCCUGUGUUCUUGUGUGGCCUCUCUCCAUUAGGUCAGAUCCUAUCCAAAGUAUAUGGAUGGCGAGGUGGCUUCCUCAUUCUUGGGGGUCUGCUGCUGAACUGCUGUGCAUGUGCAGCACUGAUGAGGCCUCUGAAAGCAAGCACCAAAGGAAAAGCAAAAUCAGAGGAAGGAAAAGAGACACAGGUGGUGGAAAAGAAGAAAAAGAAUAAGCUUCUGGAUUUCUCUGUUUUUAAGGAUCGAGGUUUUUUGAUCUAUACAGUAGCAGCUUCUGUCAUGGUGUUUGGACUCUUUGUUCCUCCUGUCUUCAUAGUAAACUAUGCAAAAGACUUAGGAGUACCAGACACUGAUGCUGCCUUCUUGUUGACCAUCUUGGGUUUUGUUGACAUUUUCGCCCGACCUCUUUGUGGUAUUAUUGCUGGGUUGAAGCCUAUCCGGCCUCGAUGUGUAUAUUUUUUCAGCUUUGCUAUGAUUUUCAAUGGGAUUACGGAUCUUGGUGGCUCUUUUGCUCAUGAUUAUGCUGGACUCACUGUGUUUUGCAUCUUCUUUGGAAUGUCCUAUGGAAUGGUGGGAGCCCUGCAGUUUGAAGUCUUGAUGGCAAUCGUCGGAACUAAGAAGUUCCCCAGUGCCAUUGGCCUAGUAUUGUUGGUUGAAGCCAUGGCUGUCUUGGUAGGCCCACCAGGAGCUGGGAGGUUGUUGGACUAUACAAAAACUUACAAGUACGUUUUUUAUUUGGCUGGUUCUGAAGUGGUCCUCUCUGCCCUGAUACUGUGUAUUGGAAACUACUUUUUCAUAAGUGGAAAAACUAAAUCACCUGAGAUUGAGCAAAAAGAAAGUGUAGAAGAAGGGGAGAAGCAACGGCAACAGGAACCAGGAGCAGUGGAUUCCGUGGAGGUGGAGCAGUUCUUAAAUGAGACGGGAGAAAAUGGUGAAAUUUUGCCAACACCUGAAACAAGUGUAUGAAACUCGAAAGAAACAGAAUGUUUACAAAAGUGAAGAAAAAGGAGUUUGUAUUUAUUUAGAAACGUGAGGUACCUUGUAUUGGUGAGAGUAGGUUAUUUAAUUGUGCAGAAUAUUUUUGUGACACUUGUUUUAAUUUGCUGCCUUGCAUUUGUCAUUCAGUGUGUCUUUCAGAAAUCUUUAAAAUGUAACAGUAUUUUUCAUAAGUCGAGAUGCUUUAAGAGCAUUUGGAGAUGUGGAGGAUGGGGAUAUCAAACCUACAGAAUUGUGAUUUCCAUAACAAUGAGAAAAGUAGAGGUACAACCUACACUCUGCUAACAACAUGGACAACGGUACUCCUUCACUUUAAGAAAUUGUCCAUAACUGAAGGUUUCCACAAUUUAUUUGGCAGAAACACUUGUGGACCAGCAUGGGUUAAGUAUUUUUAAAGGAAGCAGAAAUGAACCAGAUGUAAACCUGGCUCUAUCUGGGGUUCUAAUCCCAUUCUUCUAGUGUUUUAUUUGUCAAUUAAGGAUGUAGCCAAAUCGCUAGUAUGUAGUGAACUUACUUGCAAGGCAAGAAUAUAAAAAUAGAAAAAUUUUAAAGCUCCUAGUUGUUAGUAUUGGCUUGUUGCCAUUAAGAAAUGAUCCUGCUGUGAUUUGUGCAGAUUGAUAUUCACACUGUACUGGAAUAUGAGGCUGAUGAGAUUUUUAACUUCCAGUGAUUCUCCCACUGUAUUAAAACCAUCUUUUGUUUCUUACUAAAUUAGGAGUGUCUGACUAAAUGUUUGUUUUGAAAACUGGAACAAAAAUUUCUAUCCAUAGUAGCAUUGAACAUUGCUUUGUGCUCCUUCUGUCAAUUAACCAAAGUUUAACUUCUGGGACUGUAGGUGAUUGGACCAAUGCACCAUACUGUUGUCAAAGGCAGUUCCAGUUUAAGUGUAAGGUGACACAUUCAAACACUGGUUUUAUGGCAUGGCUACAUUUACAAAGAAGAUGACUGCUUUUUAACUGUGGACCAGCAUGGGUUGUGGGCACAGAUUUCGAUACUAGUUGAAGCAUCCUUGGCUUUGACAUUUCAAUUACCUAAAUCUCAGGAUAAAAUCUUCUAAACUAAUCCCAGCAAAUUUAAGACCAAGAAACCAGCCUAUCGCUGGAUGUUGAAAAGCCCUUGUAUUUCUUAACAAAUUUCUUAACAACUGAUAAGAAGAAUCUGCACUUCUAAUUGGGAAGUCCCAAACCACUAUUGCUCAUUCUUGAAUAUAGGAUCCCAUUGUUAAUGCAACUGGGAAGACACAAAAAAAAAACCCUAUGACAUUGUUCCUGAUAAUAUUGUCCACUUAUGACCAGCGUAUUCUGGGACACCUCAUUUAAAAUGAGCAAGUAAUAUAAAUGAGGAAUAAUGUUAUUCCCUGCUGAGAUUGAAAGUCCCCAAAAUGCUCUGAAAAUGGGCAUUUCAGAGGAGACCAUUUAGAUACAUGUUACUCCAUAAAUACUUUAAAUUAGUUGAAAUAUUCUCCAGACUGGUGGAACUGGGGUGGUCUUGCAUUAUUCCAACUCAAAUAGGUGUUUAGAAUUCCAGUUUUUUUUUAUUCCUAAAAUUGGAUACUCCUGUGGUUUGCUGAAGAUCUGUCAAUAUGAUUUAACACAUUUUUAAACAAAAACUUCCUGUUUGUGUGUAGUACUCUAUUAUUGACAUAAUUAAUUGAAUUAACGCAAAAUGUUUGUAGGUUAAUUUUAUUAAUGUCUUAUGACUGGUCCAGAAACUUCACUCUAACUUGAAGUUAAUGUAGUAAUUUCAAAUUCCAUAGAUAAUAUGGUCAAACUGGAGAAAAUUAAGAACACUAGACUGGCUUUUUAAGAUGGGGUUUGAAAAUAUCCAUAAGUAUUCUCUAUUGAUGUCUAUUAAAUGUCCAUUCUAUUCCUUGUACUUAAACAGAUUAGCACUUGUCUAUAUUUAAGGUUGGGAUUAUAGCAGUGCAGCCUAUUGCAGUCAUGUGCCCUUAGCGCAUCACUCUAUGUUGAAUUAGCCCUUCAAAAAUAUUUCUAGAUAAUGAGGUUCCAAGUUGUCCAGUGACUUGUGCUGCUGUUUUAAAAACCUGAACAAUUUCAAAUGUGCAGGCUGUACAGAAGAUGGUGUAUUAGAUCCUUAAAUUAUUCCUGUAGCAUCAAACAGAUGCCUGUUCUGUUCUUGUGUUUGAAUAUCUGAUGUGAGCAAGAACAUUGUGUUCAUUGUUAGUAUUAUCAUAAAAGACUCUUGGGUCUUUUAACAAUAUUGCUUGUACCAUUCUUGGAAUUAUACUGGUAGUCGGUUUAUCUGGUAUCUGGCUGUGCUGUAGCAGUCCUUAAGAUGUUGCCAGAUGGCCCUGUACUUGGUUUGCCACCAUUACAGAGUAUAAGCAAAGGUUAUGUGGCUAUAUUGUUUGAGCUCUGCCUCAAGCCAGCAGUGGGAUCAUUGAAAUUUGGCCUCCUGGUUUAAGGAAAUGUUGGGGAUUAGCCAGCAACUUCACUGGUAUGUGUUUUUCAUACAAAGGAUGAAUUGAAGGGGGUUGAUGUGAAGCUGCUUUAGCUGACAACAUCCAUUGCCAACUGAAGAACAGCUGCUUGGGUGAGAUAUUACAAGAUACUGGUGCCUAUGGGUUUGUACCUAUCCGUGAAAGCACUUCCAGAAAGUAGUGGAUAAGCGACAAAUCUACUCACUGCUCCCUUUCUUAGGCUGGGUACUAUAAUAUGAAAUGAGAGAUUUUUAAUUUGCAUGUAGUUUACAAUUUAAAUCUAAUCUCAAAUUCUAAAAGAUUUUGGAUCUAUUCAAAUUCUUAAUAAAGGUUUUUUAAAAGCUGGUGUUAAUCAAUAUUUCAGGUUAGUAUUAAACCACAUUGUAAGGAUUCUUACCCAUUUCCAAUUUUGUUCUCUAGAAUUUGGCAGGAGAAUGCAUGUGAUUCAAGCCCAAAAAAUGGCAGAAAUCUCAAAUUCUGCCUCCUCCCUUCCCCACCACCCCCCCCCCCCCCCCCCCCAUCAGGAGGACUUGAUGCAGUUGUAAUUGUGUCCUGGUGAGAGGGGAGUGGUUACAGCCAUCUUCCCACUCCACUGCUGCAGGUCAAGUGCCAGGUAAAUCUAUAAUUUACCUUGGCAAGACCAGGAGGAAUGGGUUGUUCCUCGAUGCAACAAGGAAAACCUAGAUUAAUCUUCCACUUCUUUCUAAAUCUCCUAUCUCUCCACUUCACCAGAAGGUGAUGAAUGGCCAGGAGGUGCCCAAUCUGCAACCACAGGACAAUGUUCUGCAUCCUAUUCAUGUCUGUUUCAGAUGGCUAAGAGUUAAAAUACCUGAGCAUUGGGGUGUCUGGUCAAAAACUAAAAUAAACUCAAUCACUCCAUUCUCAAUGCUUGGUUAAACCUUGGUGGAUUUCAAACUCCGCAUGAAACAGUGGUAAUAUUUAAAUCAAUGAGGAGGUUUAUUGCAAUUUGACUGCCCUGCUUAUUGGGAGUUGGUUGUUUUAAAAAGUCUACAGUUUUAUCUUGAUAAAUUAUGCGGUCUUGCUUAACAAAAACUAGUGUAAUUAAAUGGCAGUAAAUGGGAAAUGGUUUGACAAACUAACAGUUAAAGGAGCACACAGUACCCCAGUAACUUGCAUAAUCUGUUGGGGUGAUGAUGGGACUUAGCAACUUUACUGAGUUGUGACAUUGUAGUCUUGGAAUGUUAUAUGCAAUUGGAUAAUUUAAAAACAAUUGGAAGAAUUUGUUUGCUCAAUUUGCAAAGGAUGUUAGGAUUAGCAUUAGAACCAAUGCACCAAGUUGUAAAAGUAAAAUCUGUGGGACUGUCGUACCAGUGCCUGUUAACUCUUGAAGAAUAUCGGGAGCUAAGAAAUGCAAAGUGCAAAUGUAUUUACAUUGCUGCCAAUCAAGUUUUCAUGAGAUUUAGGAAUGGGGGAGGGAAGUUGACACAUGUGACAGUUGGAAAUGAAAUAUUGUCAAGUGUUAGCAAUUUCUAGUUAUCCAUACUAUACAGACCUGAAGGUUAAAUAAGUUUAUUAAUGAUGCACUUUAUAUGGAAGAAUUAAGUGCAGUUUACUUGUUUAAAGCCAUAUUGAACAACUUUCACACUGUAUUGUAACAUUCUAGUUACCUAAUUGACUUCUGGUCUUUUUUUAAAAAAAACACCACCUUCAUUGGAUGGUGUGCAAGUAACUAGUUUAUCAUGAAAUUGGCCAAUUUGGAAUAAAAAGUGGAAAAAAACAAAGUCUAAUCCCAUUGUGGAAAAUCACUAUUUUAACAAUCUGCAUAGAACUUAAAUUCAGAGUUGCACAUUAAGACUUAAUUUUCACACCUUGUACUAAUCUCUACUCUGCAAGAUCUUUGGGGUGAAUUUUGAUGCAAAGUAGUGGUAAUAAAUUGUCUAUCCUUGAUUUAUACCCAGCAUCCUCUUUCUGUUAACUUCAAUGUAUAGUGCUUGAUUUGCUGCCACCUGUUUUACAGACAUGCUGGAGCUGUAUUUUACUUAUUCCACUGAUUCUCCUCUGUUAUACUUUUUUAAAAAAGGAAUGAUCUCAUUGAGAGAACACUCACUCGCCUAUACUUUUGAUAUUACAAUGUAAAGCAUUUUUAAAUUGCACCAUCACCAAUGGUAUAAUAGAAUUUGCAGAAGAUAUUUGCCAACUAAAAAUGUAAAUUGUCUUGGAAUAAGUUUUAUUUGCUAUCUAGUGAAUGCAUGGAUGACAGGAGGGCAAGGGGGAGGAGCAGAUCUGAAACCAUCUUUUAAGAGAGCCUAUUUUCCAUUGGUUUCCCAUUUUAUAAUUGAUCAGCUGGUCUGGGUAGUUAGAGCCUACAUGUGAAGUUGCUGAGAAUGUCUGCUGUAAGGCGUACGUAUACAGUAUGUAAAGCCAGAGGCCAUGUUUUGAAAUGACUGUUGUCAUUGAUAAUCCCCCUUGGCAACUUGGUGAAAUCACUUUGUUAACUGAAUUCAUCUGUUUCUCUCUCAGCUUUUUACGUGUUACAAUGCAAUUUUUUGUGUAAUUCUAUUUAAUUGAAACCUGAUGGAUUUUCAAUAUUUUUGGCUAUCCUGUCAAGUGUUCCUGGGAUUUAUUUUACGACAUCCUAAUCUGUUCCAUUCAUGGCCAGAGUUCAAUCUGAAAGUGCAUCAAUGUAUGAAAUUCAGCUUCAGUAGCACCACAAAACCCAGCAUUAGUGGAUUGGUCAUUUUUGGGGUUAGGCUUAGGCCAGCUUUUCUAUUCCAUUGAAGUUGAUGAUAAAGGACCUCAAUUUAAAAACUGAUUCACACCCCCUCCAAACUGGGUGUUCUCCCUGAAGGAAUCAACUGCUGUGCUGAGGCAUUUUGGUUUAUUCACUGCAUAAAUCAUAAAAUGAAUAUUCUUCAAAGCAGAGCACAUCAGUAAGUAAAUGUUGUUUAAGUACCACAGGCCAGAUCUCCUGGCUGACUUCUCCCCGGGGACUUGCUUGGAGCAGAGCAACUAGUAUGUUUAUUUUUAUCUGCAUGUAUAGUAAGACCAGCUAAACUAAGCAGUAGAAAAAUAUGUCAGCAGCUUUUUGAUUGUGGUUGUUUUCUCAAGAAUUGUAGUUCUUGCUGAAGACUGUAAUCUUCUAACCUCAAGUGAGGUUUUAUAAUAUUUGUGUUUUGAAAGAUGGGUGGGGCUCAGGCAGUUCUGCUUUGAACAGUUGUAUGAAACCUGGUAAAACAAAGGAAGUUCAUCAGGUCAGAGAAUUUCAUCUCAAGGCAUUAUGCAGGCUUUGUUUUAAAUGGAUAUGUAUGUUGGCAAUUGCCAUAUUACUUAAGCAAUAAUCAGAUGUGAGUUAACUGCUGUCUGGCUGAUCAGCUAGGGGCUAAAGUUAGAAAGAAGGUAAAAAGAAACCAAUAAUUCUCAUUGCUGAUCUUUUGUGCUAUGACUACUGUGCCAAGCAGUGUGUGUCCAUGGAUCAGGACAAGACUGAACUCUGCACAUUACCCCUUAUGGUCAAAUAGACUUCUGGCAAUUUGCUGCCUGGGUUCACAAAUGCAGAAUGAAUCUAUGGUGCUAUAAAUGUGAAAACUGAGCACCUUUCAGGAUGGCCAUGUGAUUUUUUUCUCCCUGGGGUAGGAGGGGAGAAAACCAUCCUCAGGCAUGCAAUGUAAGACUUCUGUUGUUCUUUGUUCCUGUGAGAAUUUUGCCCACAAAUAGUGACUAAAGGAAACAUACCCCUGUGGUUUCCCAGUAAUUUAGUUGCUACAAGCAUUUCAUUCUACUAAUCCAUGGUUAAAUGUGAACAUUACAUGGUUUAUUGUAGUUUUUUUUAUUCUUGGUUCAAAAGUAUUUGCAGAUGUAGGAAUCUAUUUAUUAAUGUUUACGUAUACUGGAUAAUGGAGAAUGUAGAUGCUUUGCAAAAGAAUUGUAGCUUUCAGUGGCUUGAAGCAACACCUUAAAUGCUCAACAUUCAGUUUGAUUACUGGGUUUUUGCAUUAUAGUCUUUUUUUCUGAUGCAUUGUUUCACCAUUUGAGUAAUUUGGCAUAGAUAUUGGCUGCCUUUUAUAAACUUGACUGUAAGGAAGUAACUAACCAAACAUUAUCAAAUUUGAUAUGUCUGUGAACUUUGUAUCUGUAUUUCCUGUAUGUAUUACUUCUGUCCAACCUAAACUGUGUCAUUUUCUAGCAAAGAACCACUGCUGUGUUUCAACUGACAAAUUUAAGGAAGAUUCAGAUUCUAAAGGUUUUAAUCACAGAAAUAGUAGCAAUACAAUUUUCUUUGCAUGGUUAAAACAUGAAUAACUUGAGCUGUUGUUACUUCAAACCAGUUUCUUCACUCUUAAUUAGACCAAAAGUAUUCACUGCUUUGGACUGUUGAUUUGAUUGUGCCACUGUGAUAUCUCCAUCCCAGGCCUUUAUCAGUUUACUAAUAAACGAAAAAGGCACACAAAUUGUAAUAGUGCAAGUUGGGAUUAGCAACUGCAGUGAACUAACACAUAUGCAAAACAAAAUAAAGGACAAUUUUUUCUAAAUUUCAUAA